UCUUCAGAGGUGCUCAGUGACACCACAUAGAGUAAUGGCCAUGAACAAAACCACGACAAAUUUCACCUCAACAUGAGGGAAAGACUUCUUUACAUGAGUGUGGCAGAGCACUGGGACAGACUUGUCCAGGGAGGGCGUGGACCUACCUUCUCUGGAGAAAUUCCAAACCCACCUGGACCUUCCUAUGUCACCUGCUCCAGGUGAUGCUGCCUUGGCAGGGGAUCUCCUCUGGGUGAUCUCAGAGGGCAYUAACAAGCCUAAAGAUUCUGUGAUUCCCUGCAUAUCCUUACGAACAUCAUUUAGAAUAAAUUCUUCUCUAUGAGGGUGGGGAGGCCUGGCACAGGGAGCCAGGAGAAGCUGUGACUGUCCCAUCCAUGGAGGUGCUCGAGGCCAGGCUGGACUGGGCUUGGAGCACCCUGGGAUAGUGGAAGGUGUCCCUGUCCAUGGCACGGAUGGCACUGAUGAGCUCUAUAAUCCCUUCCAACCCAAACCAUUCCACGACUCUAUUUCCGUGCUCCACUGCCACACUGCCGUAAAGCGCGCCCUCUGGACGGCCGUCCGGCGAACRCGGCGCUGGCCGUGGUUGGUCGCCACACUGCCGUGCGGCGCGGAAACUGUCGUGCAAGCGCCGUGGUGUCGCGGCGCGAUGUGGCGGGGCGCGGCUGUGGCGCUGCUGUGCUUGGCCGCCGCCUGCCUCCUUCACCGCGGGUUCGAGCCCCGCGCCCGCCUGCUCAGCCCCGCGGAGCUGCGCCGAUACCGGGGGGCUCCGGGCGAGCCCGGGCUGUAYCUCGCCCUGCUGGGACGGGUCUUCGAUGUGGAGCGGGGCCGCAAGCACUAUGGGCCCGGCGGCGCCUACAGUGGGUUCGCAGGCAGAGAUGCCACCAGAGCGUUUGCCAGCGGCGACUUCACCCCGGCGGGGCUGGUGGACGACGUGUCCGGGCUGUCGCCCUCAGAGCUGCUCUCCAUCCACAGCUGGCUGAACUUUUACAGCGAGAACUACGACCCCGUGGGGAAGCUGGUGGGCAGAUUCUACGAUGAAAAUGGGGCACCRACAGAAGCCCUGAGAGAGGCUGAGGCUGCCAUUGAGGAAGCUCUCAAAUUCCAAGCAGAAAGUGAGCAGAAGAAGCAGCAGUUCCCACCCUGCAACUCUGAAUGGAGCUCUGCCAAAGGCACCCGGUUCUGGUGCUCCAGACAGAGUGGGGGAGUGAACAGAGACUGGGCCGGAGUCCCUCGGAAGCUGUACCGCCCUGGCGUGCAGGGGAGUCACUGUGUGUGUGUGAGGAGCACAGGUCCACCCUGGGGCCAGCCAGACUCCUCCCAGCACAGYGACAGAGGGGACCUGGAUAACCCUCACCUGGAGCAGUUCGAUGGCUGCCAUCCCCUGGCCGAGCAGUGUGUCCUCRUGGGCUGACUCCGGGUGCUGCAUUCCAGGGCAGGGAGUGUCCUGCAGUGAAACAUUGCACUUUGGUGGGCACCUCCAGCUCCAUCCCUUCCACCUGUCCAUGCAAAGGGAGCAAUAACAAUCUUAUGUUAUUUGUAAUGCUUUUUAACAUGUGGAGAUGGAGUUGAGGAAAGGGGGAAACACUUCAGCCAGGUUAGUGGCUAAAAAAAUUAACGGGAAGCUUUCUUUAUUCCUAUGGUAUUUUUACACCUGGCAACAAACUGUAAGAUGCACAGCCUGAAUUGUAUUUUAAAACUGCUUUCUUGUACAGUCAUGAAAUGGAUGCUUGUAUGCACGGUGGUGCCACAAUGUGCUGUGGUUUAAGGCAGAGCUCAGAGAGCACAGGAACUGCUGCAGCAUCACUGCCCACAGUUGGUGCACAGCCCUCAGGUCUUGCUGCAGGGCAGUGCUGAUGCUCCUUCCCAGGCACCUGACUCACUCCAGAGUUUAAAGGUAGCUGAGAGAACCCUGAAUUUCUUCUGCAAUUAAGGUCUACGGUAUCUAUGAACUUGAGCUGUUUAGUUAUACACAAGCUUUAUCAAAUUCUUGGAGAAGGCAAAGGCCAGAGAUUUCCUCAUUCAGUGUUUGCAUUAGAUAMUGUGCCAAGACAUUGAAGCCCCCUAUGAGGAUUGUUGUAUGAUAGUAACCUCACCCUCCUGGUCUGUGAUUCACCACUUUGAAACUGUGUUCAGAUCAGGAAUGAGUAGUUUUAAAUAGCUUUUUUUUUGUUGCCUGGGUGGCAACACAACCAUCCUACUGUAAUCUGCCUCCUGUUGCCAUUCUGGUAUACGACUUCCUCCCAUCUGGUCUGUGCCUAUCMGACUAUAACCUGAGCUAGAUGUGUCCUUGCAAGACCCAGCUCCCUUAAAAUCCAUACUUACAGUAUCACAGCUKGCAGAAUUCAGCAAUGUGAGUGACUCCCAGAAACACAGAGCAAGUUAUUGCCAUUUCUUGGUGGGGCUCAAAGGGAUAAGGGAAUACCUGCACAGGGUUCAGGCACUACAAACCUCAGACUGCAGGGAAGCAGUUGCUGUUAAUCUGCUGUUAAAAUCAAUUUUGGUCUAGCUGAGCCUUGAGAGAGAUACCCAGAUCAGGGUCCAGUGGUGGCACAGGUGCCUAUUGAGCUGUGGUCAAUUCUUCUCUGUAAGACAGCUGCCACCUAUUUAUAAGCAACUGGAAAGUUCAUAAACUUAUUUUUAACUACCAUCACCUCUAAAGAGAUGCGCCAAAAUCUAAGUGAUUAAUUAUUUAGCAAGUUUACAGGAGGCAGCAUUCACUCCCUUGCAGCAGGGCACAUUACAWGUAGCACUCCUCACUGAGAAGUUUAGAGGAUGCUACAGCUGCCAGGGAUGAAGGCAUUCAGCAUUCUAAGCAUGUACAGGCUCGUAACAUUUGCAGGGGAUGUUUUUGCUUUUGGGGUAUUUUACAUAAUCAUGUUGUGUUUCUUUUCCAUCAACAUCCUGAAGAGAGCCUCUCCAAGGCUGWGCCCUGCUGUGCCAGGGGCAGUGGGAUGUGUGGCAGAACUGAACCUCAGUCCUGAGCUUGAGCCAUCUUUGGGAGUAGAGUGAACCACUCAUUUCACACAACAAUGCUGAAGAUAAAGCUGUAUAAAAGGUGCAGGAAAGAGCUGCAGAACAGCACUUCACUGCCUCCACAGCUUGGGGGGACAGUGGAAGAACCUGCAAUGGCCUUUGCAACAUCUAAAAAGAUACCAAGUUUCUAAAUGUAAUUUCUUGUUGAAGUGAUGAAACCAUCUCCCAAAUCAUUGGCAAGUACUGUUAAAAGAGCUUUUUAAAGCUAUUUAAAAGUUACAGCRAAUUCAAGAUUGUUAAAUGCUAUAAGUAGUUUGUGAGGGCAAACCAGUAAAGGUGGGCCAGCUUGACCUAAGCAAGUUUCAUCUUGCUGUAACACUCAAUCACUAUGCAAAUAGUGCUGAAGGGAYGGUUUUGAUUGCAAGAGCUACACAAAAAUCCAAUAAACUGCUGCAAAAAGGCAAKGGCAGGAAGGUGUUGGUUUCAGUUAAAAGUUGAUUGAAAACCAGUUCACAGCUUAUUCCUCAGUUUAGUGUUUGGAAACACUGGGGGCGGAAGAGUUUGUCUUGCACUAGGAAUAAGUAAUCUAUUAAAGUAAACAAGGAGACACCCUCACUGACCUGAAGUGCUCCAAGACAAUCGUUUUUGGACUCCGAUUCAGCAGCUCAGCUGGAUUCUCCCAUGGUGGAAAAGGGUGGGAAGAAAACGGUGAUAGUUACAGAGGGCUCAAGUCACCACAGACAGUGCUCUAAUAAAGCUCACCAUUCAUCUGUACUUUAGUAAGUUUUAUUAAUAAAAGACUAAUGCAUCACAAUCUCAACCCAGAAGUCUUGGCUGGGUUUGCUAUUGCACUGAAGCUUUCCUUUUCCUGAAGUGAAGCUGCAGCAGCUCUGUGCUCUCCCAGGGGGCUGAGCUGCCUCCAGCACUUAACUGAGUGCACCAAGUGUAAGUAACUUGAACUGAUGAACUUCAUGAACCAGCUCUGGCCUGUGGGGAGCUCGGAUUUGUUUCACAAGACUGAUUAUAGAUAAGUCUAGUAUAAGGCAUUCAAGAUGACUACAUGGUACAAACUAGAACACCAGACCCUGACAGCCAAAAGAACCAUUGUAGCAGUUCCACAACAUAAAAAUGAAUACCUGGAAUMAUUUCAGAACAAAGAAUAAAGUUGUCAUGCCCGACUGGAUGCUGUAUCCCUGGUUUUCCUCGAGGUUUGUAAGGAUAGCUUGCAGAGC